GCUCGUCUGCCGCCUGCGGGGCGGGCGGCGCGGCGGUGACAGCGCGGCGGCGGCGAGGCCGGGAGAGCGGGAGCGCCGCCGCCGAGGACCAUGAGGAAAUUUAACAUCAGGAAGGUGCUGGACGGCCUGACGGCGGUCUCUGCCGUUGCCUCGGCGUCGUCCGCCGCGCAGCAGCAGGCGGCGGGGAACCGGGAGACCGAAAUCCAGGAGACGCUCCAGUCCGAGCACUUCCAGCUCUGCAAGACUGUACGCCAUGGUUUCCCCUAUCAGCCUUCAGCCUUGGCAUUUGAUCCGGUUCAGAAAAUACUGGCCAUUGGGACUCAGACUGGAGCACUAAGGCUCUUUGGUCGGCCAGGAGUUGAAUGCUACUGUCAACAUGACAGUGGAGCUGCAGUAAUCCAACUUCAGUUCCUGAUUAAUGAGGGAGCUCUUGUGAGUGCCUUGGCUGAUGACACCUUACACCUGUGGAACUUGCGCCAGAAGAGACCUGCUAUACUUCAUUCACUCAAAUUUAACCGGGAACGGAUAACAUUUUGUCAUCUGCCUUUCCAAAGCAAAUGGCUAUAUGUGGGCACCGAAAGAGGAAACAUUCACAUUGUCAAUGUGGAAUCAUUUACUCUCUCAGGCUAUGUCAUCAUGUGGAAUAAAGCCAUUGAACUGUCAUCCAAAUCUCACCCAGGACCUGUUGUCCACAUUAGUGACAAUCCAAUGGAUGAAGGAAAGCUUCUGAUUGGCUUUGAAUCUGGAACGGUGGUAUUAUGGGACCUGAAGUCAAAGAAGGCAGAUUACAGAUAUACACAUGAUGAGGCUAUCCACUCCGUGGCUUGGCAUCAUGAAGGAAAACAAUUCAUUUGUAGUCACUCAGAUGGUACCUUGACCAUAUGGAAUGUAAAAUCUCCUACCAAACCAUUCCAGACAAUCACUCCACAUGGAAAGCAGCUGAAGGAUGGAAAGAAGCCAGAACCCUGCAAACCUAUCCUUAAGGUGGAAUAUAAAACAACUAGAGCUGGGGAGCCUUUCAUCAUUCUCUCAGGAGGCUUGUCAUAUGACACUGUAGGAAGAAGACCCUGUUUAACAGUCAUGCAUGGGAAAAGUACUGCUGUGCUAGAAAUGGAUUAUUCUAUUGUUGACUUUCUAACCCUGUGUGAAACACCAUAUCCUAAUGACUUUCAGGAACCAUAUGCUGUAGUUGUUCUCCUAGAAAAGGACUUAGUACUGAUUGACCUUGCACAAAAUGGGUAUCCUAUAUUUGAGAAUCCCUAUCCUUUGACUAUACAUGAGUCUCCGGUUACCUGCUGUGAAUAUUUUGCUGAUUGUCCUGUGGAUCUCAUACCUGCACUCUAUUCAGUUGGUGCUCGACAGAAACGUCAGGGUUACAGUAAGAAGGAAUGGCCUAUUAGUGGAGGCAACUGGGGUUUGAUCACUCAGAGCUAUCCAGAGAUAAUUAUUACAGGGCAUGCUGAUGGAUCAAUCAAGUUUUGGGAUGCGUCAGCAAUAACAUUGCAAGUACUCUAUAAACUAAAAACAGCCAAAGUAUUUGAAAAAUCACGGAAUAAAGAUGACAGGCCAAACACAGAUAUAGUAGAUGAAGAUCCAUAUGCUAUUCAGAUCAUCUCAUGGUGUCCAGAAAGUAGAAUGCUGUGCAUAGCUGGAGUUUCUGCACAUGUCAUUAUUUACAGGUUCAGCAAGCAGGAAGUGACAACAGAAGUCAUUCCGAUGCUGGAAGUACGUCUUCUAUACGAAAUAAAUGAUGUUGAAACUCCAGAUGGUGAGCAGGUGCCACCUGUACCAACUCCAGGCACAGGUUCCAAUCCUCAAUCCAUUGUUCCCCAGUCUCAUCCAUCUACUAGUAGCAGUUCGUCUGAUGGACUUCGUGAUAAUGUCCCAUGUUUAAAAGUUAAAAAUUCUCCUCUCAAGCAGUCUCCAGGCUACCAAAUCGAGCUCGUUAUCCAGCUGGUGUGGGUGAGUGGAGAGCCUCCUCAACAGAUAACCAGCUUAGCCGUCAACUCAGCGUAUGGCCUAGUAGUUUUUGGAAACUGUAAUGGUAUUGCCAUGGUCGAUUACCUCCAGAAGACAGUGCUCUUGAAUCUAGGCACUAUUGAACUGUAUGGCUCCAAUGAUCCGUAUCGCAGGGAGCCACGAUCUCCCCGAAAAACUCGGCAACCCUCUGGAGGUAUGCUGACUGUGGCUUCUUGCAUGUGCGGCCUUUCUAACUUAUAUUCAGAGUCUGUGAAAAAGCUUCGCACCUCUUAUAUAACAGGUCUUUGUGAUAUUAAUGAAGGUACAGUGGUGCCGGAAGACCGUUGCAAGUCGCCCACGUCAGGUUCUGGUUCACCAAACAAUUCUGAUGAUGAACAAAAAAUGAAUAAUUUUAUAGAAAAGGUGAAGACCAAAAGCAGAAAGUUUUCCAAGAUGGUAACCAAUGACAUAGCAAAGAUGUCCAGGAAGCUAAGUUUGCCAACUGAGUUAAAGCCUGAUUUAGAUGUCAAAGACAACUCUUUCAGUCGAUCCCGGAGUUCUAGUGUAACUAGCAUUGAUAAAGAGUCACGCGAGGCAAUUUCAGCUCUUCAUUUUUGUGAGACUUUCACAAGAAAGGCUGAUACAUCGCCUUCCCCGUGCCUGUGGGUUGGGACCACGCUGGGUACAGUGCUUGUCAUUGUACUGAACUUACCCCCAGGAGGAGAGCAAAGACUUCUUCAGCCAGUAAUUGUUUCUCCUAGUGGAACCAUCCUGAGGCUAAAAGGGGCAAUCUUGAGAAUGGCUUUUUUGGACACCACAGGAUCUUUGGUCCCACCAGCACAUGAACCCUGGAGAGAACACAAUGUUCCUGAAGAUAAAGAUGAAAAAGAAAAAGCGAAAAAGCGACGACCUGUCUCAGUGUCCCCUUCUUCCUCUCAGGAAAUCAGUGAAAACCAAUAUGCAGUGAUAUGUUCAGAAAAGCAAGCAAAAGUUAUCUCACUGCCAUCCCAGAACUGUAUUUAUAAGCAAAAUAUAACAGAGACUUCUUUUGUUCUUCGUGGAGACAUAGUGUCAUUGAGUAACAGUAUCUGCCUUGCAUGUUUCUGUGCCAAUGGACAUAUUAUGACUUUUAGUUUGCCAAGUUUAAGGCCACUGUUGGAUGUAUAUUACCUGCCACUCACCAAUAUGCGGAUAGCCAGAACAUUCUGCUUCACCAAUAAUGGACAAGCACUCUAUCUUGUCUCACCAACUGAAAUACAGAGGCUCACCUACAGCCAAGAAACAUGUGAAAAUCUUCAGGAAAUGCUGGGUGAGCUCUUCACUCCUGUAGAAACACCAGAAGCACCAAACAGGGGGUUUUUUAAAGGCCUGUUCGGAGGUGGGGCACAGUCACUUGACAGAGAAGAACUCUUUGGAGAAUCAGCAUCUGGGAAGGCAUCAAGGAGUCUUGCCCAGCAUAUUCCAGGACCUGGGGGUAUUGAAGGUGUCAAAGGAGCAGCAUCUGGUGUAGUUGGUGAACUGGCACGAGCCCGGUUGGCACUGGAUGAAAGAGGACAGAAACUGGGAGAACUGGAAGAAAAAACUGCAGCUAUGCUUUACAGUGCUGAUUCUUUCUCAAAACAUGCUCAUGAGAUGAUGUUGAAGUACAAAGACAAGAAGUGGUACCAAUUCUGAUGACUCUCAUCAAUUACAUCUGUUUAAUUUUGUCCUGAUGAAAAAAAUCUUGUUUUUUCAUUAAUUUUGGCAGGACCACUGAAAUUUAAAGAAGUAUUCACCAUCGGAUACUGUUGUUUCCUAGCACAAAUGACACACUGUUUUACCUCAGUCAUGGCUUUAACUGAGGAGCUUUAUAUCUAAGAAACACACACGCAAAAAAGAACCAAACUUGAGUGUUUCUUAGCUGUUGGUUGGCAUAAAGUUGGAACAGAGAACGUAACUGGAACAUGUGGAAAAGAGAGUAAAGGGAAAUCGUGGUGAGAUGGGCAGGGGCAAUGCAGGGUCAAUCCUGUGUUAAUAUUUCAUAUGCCAAAGGUUUUUGUGCUAUUGUAAUUGCUGGCAGUGUUAUACCCUCCUGUAAGGAGAGGCAAUAAAUCAGAGGUCCAAGAGCUGGAAUCAAGUUGGUUUGUCUUGCUGGACAGUAGCUGACUUACAAUUACCCUCUCUAGGACUUGCUAUAUUUACCAUUAUUGUUGAAGAAGAGUUGAAGUUUACUGUCACUUCUUUCAUUUGAAAAGCUGGAAGCUUGGAAGAUUUCUUAUUGAAAAUUGUAUACAUAGUUGACCUGUGCAUAGUCUUUUCUUGGACCCCUGAUCUAGUAUUCUUGUAUUCACAUCAUAUUCUGUGACGUGCAAAACAAAAUACGUAAUUUUUGCAUUAAAAAAGUCAAGUGAAUAAUAUGACUGGAAUGUGUCAUGCUGGGAGUUUUCAUUUGUGUUAUGGCCGUGCAAUGUGAAAUGUGGUAACAUCUUCCUUGUGGUAAGAAUUCUUCAACUUCUGUUCAGUUAAAUAUUAUUUUUGGCUAAAAAUAGUUAUUGGUUCAGGUUGUAUAACAUUUAGAAUUGGCUGUGGGUUCCAUUCAUGCUGUGAGUUUUUAUAAAUGUUUAACAGAAUGUAUCUUUACAGCCAUUAAUUAAAAUAGCUGAGAUAGUUUUGCUCAAAACUUAAGUUCUAGAUGCCCCUUUAGUCCUUUACUAUGAAAUCAGAUAACCUUGGACUCAGGUUUUCAAAGUUUUACACACCAUGGAGGUGCUGAUGCAUGAAUAAUGACAAGCAAGCAUCUAAUACUUAAUAAUUGUCAGUAUGUUGUUUAGCAAAUCUCUAAGUUCUGCUAGUAGAGAGCUAUUUUACAAGUACCUGUCUCAGCCCCACCCAGCACUAAAGACAGUUGUCCUAAAGUUUGGAUUUAGUCUCUAAAGCAGUGCUUUCAGUGUAAGCAGUGGCAAAGUGUGCACAAAACCUUUAGGAAUUGCUGAAAUAAUGUUCAGUUUGAGUGAGGUAAAUUAUACAGCUGAGCUAACUUGUUAAUGGCUACUGCACAAAAGCUAUAUCAGUGCGAAUGACCAGGGCUCUUUUUAGAAGAGAGUAUUCCUUAAAAUAAAUGCUUGCAUUUCAGAAAUUCCUUUAGACCUUUUUCCUCAAACUAGGAAUAGUUACUGACUGGUUUUGUUUUAUAAAAGGGAGUACUUAGAAGCUGAUAGGUCUACAUUGUCUGAAAUUAUUCACUUAGGUUUGCUUCUCCAAGCAUUGCUUUUUGUGUACUUUUUUCACAAACUUUCUGAAUGUUCCCAAAGCAAAACCUUUGUUUUAUUUUUAUUGUGAAGUGAUGUUGCAGGUACACAGACAAGGCAACCUUACAAAACACCUCAAGGAUGCAAAAUAUUUAAGUUACUUAAUGGUUCUUAAAUCACUUUUCAAAUGAGAGGCAAAUAUGCUUGGACUUUGUAGCACAAACUGAUAAAUUUUCUCACUUUAUGUAUAGCAACAUUUAAUUAAAAAAGACAAUUGAAUUGUGUUGUCAGUACGAUGGCAUGCCCUACUAUGCCCACUGUUCAAAGUCCUUAACGAAUGAGAAUGUGACAAUUCGAACAGCAGUAUUAUGAUUUCUUCAUGGCUCUGUCCUGUAACUACUGAGGCAAUGUCUAUUUGAGUUACUUAACUCAGUUUGUCAUGCAAUAUUUGCCUCUGCAUGUUAAUUUAUUUUUAGUGUCUAAUUAAUGCAUAUUUAACACCAUUUUGUUAGACAUCCAGGUAGAAGAAAACUAGAUAAACCAUUACGCAUACCUCAUCCAAAAAAACCCGCCCUUGCUGACACUUGUCCCCUUCCUUAUCUCACAUUUAUAAAUUGAGAUGACUCAUGAUUUGACCUGGUGAAGAUAAAACUACAUUUCAGGGCAACAGAAUUCUGGGAAAUUAAUCUGGUCAGGUUCUGGGGGAGAGGAUUGUAAAAGUAUUCUUCAACAAAUUAUGGUAUCAUUCAGUGGAAGAUGACCUUGGCUCGAAAAGAAAGCGUACUUAACUUUCUUAUCAAGACACAUUUGACAGCCACCAGCAAGCAAAAUAAUAAGAGGCAAUGAGAGACCAUCUGCCAGUACCAGACGAGUAGUGGCUUAUUUGGUGUUGCAGAAUCUAUCGUAGUUGAAUCUCUUCUGUUGCUUAUGUUCAGGGCAUGCUUCUAGAUAUGAAGGCUAAUGAUUCGAUUGCUCAUGAGAUAAACACACAAAUGGUUCUUGGUCAAUAAAAGGGGCUAUGUACAAUUUUAGUCUAAAAUGUUACUUUUUCCUUCCCAGUGGAAGGAAGGUGAUCACACACACAUCAUUGCAUCUUAUUGUGCUAUUGGUGGUGCACCUUUUGUACAACAAAGUAUAUGGAAAUCCUUGCGGGGAAGCACCCCUGGUUUUUCACUAGCAUUUUAGUUGUGUGAAAUUUUUUAGAGUGUCUGGAAAACUAUAAAAUACAAUUGAGCUAUUACUUUUUUUUUAAUGAAAGUAAGAAACUACCUGCUGCUACCUAUCUGUUUAUAUGUAGUGUGUCUCAUUAGGAACCGUAAACUGAAGAAGCUUUUCUUCACUUUAGUCCUGCCAAAUCAUAACUUUUGAAUCCUGGUAUGUGUAAAUAUGUGUGUAUUCCAAAUCAGUCUGAAAGUGUUACACCACAGGCAUCUCCAGUGAUUGUUCUUCAGCAAACAGUCAGUUAUAAAGUAUAGUAAUAUAUAGCUGUGUUCCUUGUCUGUCUUUAUGCAAAGUUUUUGUGCCUGAGGUGGUACUUGCAUGGCAGGUGAUAUUGGAAAGCUAAAUCCAAAGGAGGAUUUUUGGAAGCAAGUUCAUUUUCUUUUUUUUCCUUUUAGUUUUCCUUUUACUUUCCUUUCUAUGUUUUUUUGUUUGGUUGGUUUUUUUGGUGGCGUUUUGGUUUGGGCUUUGGUUUUUUUUUGGAGGGGAAUUUUUGUUUGGUUUUUUUUGUUGGUUUUUUGUUUCCUUUUUUUUUUUUUCCUUUUUUCCUUUUUUGCUUAAUUAAUGGCACUGAUCUUACCUGAACUUUUAAACUUGAAUUUUUCCUGCACUUUAAUUCAAUCAUGGUAUUUUAUUCCUUAAUUUCGUUUCUGCAUUUGUGCAGUUCAGGUUCAUUAUUUGUAUAUAUAAACACACAUGUUCAAUAAAGACUUUAGAACAGAUUACUUUCAGGCACCUUUGCUAAUUAUGUGAUUGAUUUAGAAUGUGUGUUUUCUUAGCAAAAUAUGUAUAUACAAUAUAGAAUCUAAUGAAAGGCACGUAUUCUGUGUCAGCAUUCAGUUUAUAAAUUACUGCAACACUUUCACAUUUGUUACUAGAUAAUACAAAAGAAAUCUGUUAUAUUUAUACAUACUGCUUAAGAAUAUACUUUUAGUUUUAAAUAAUUUUUAUAUGUACACUUCUACCUUUAAUUUUAAAAAGACUUACGUUCAAGUUUUAAGUCAAAGUACUUAAAGUAUGUAUAUUAUCCAUAGAAGUUGUUUUAAGCUUAUGAAUACAUUCAUAUCUCAUAUCGAGAUGAUACAAUUACUAAGCAAUGAAAACAAAUACCCCAUUUUGCUUUGCAGAAAAUAGUCAGUUAUUUUUACCUCCCUUUAUGAACAUUCUUAAACAAUUCUCCAAGUAUGGAGCAAGUAGAUAGGGAACUAGCCUAAUAUAAAAGUUUUCUCAAUAGGUGCAGUCCAUGGCUGACUGGUUUUCUAUGGUUUGGUUUUUUUUCUGGUACACACGAGAGACUUUUUUCAGCUAUUUCUUGGACUUUUAAAAUUCUCCAAAACUGAAGUGAGGUUUGUCCAAUAAACAUUUUCUUUGAGUAAUAUGUGUAUUUUGAUUAUACAUCAGAUCUUUACAUGUAAAUCAGGGUUGGGUUUUAUGUGGGUUUGUUUUGUUGCUUUUUUGUAUCCGAAACAUGUGUUGGAAAACUUAAGAUUCCUUGGCUGAAGUGCCCUCUGCUUUCUCCUCGUGGUUUAACAUGUCUGGGUGGGCACUGACCACAGACAGAGCCUGGUGUGGGAGUGAAGGGCUGCAGUGCCUUGCUUCCCUGUCCAAGUAGAAGGGCAACUUGUCAGUUGAAUCUUCCCUCAUGCCAGCCAAUUUCCUGGAUAAUUCAUGUGAAUCUUUUUGGGGGGAUGUUGAUAACUUUGCUACUACCACAAAGUCUUCAAAUACUCUCUAGACUGAAAUUAAUGAUGUUUGAGGGGUGGAAGUGAACAGAAACAGGGGGGGGGAAAAGGGUGUAGUGUAGGUGAAUCAGUUAAAUCAAUUUUACUUCAGUUUUCAUUGAAAAGCUAACCUGGGCCAAUUUCUUCUUCUUAAGCCCAUUAUGAAGAUGUGCUAUAUAUCCUUAUUACUGGUACCUUAUUACUGUUUCAAGUCUGAUGAGUGUACUGUUUCUGGGUUCUUUUACACCUUACAAAGUUUAGACUUAAAGAUGUGGGCAUUCAUUUUUAAAAAGUGGGAAAAAAAGGAAGAAGGGAAAUGAGGCAGAAACACCAAACAAUCAAAUGAAAGAUGUCAAUCAGUAUUUCUUUUAGUAUUUCCAUGUGCUAAUGUUUAACCUACCGCUGUAGGUUACUUUGACACUUGUGUUUCCUUUUGUUAGUACCUAAGUUCCAUAUUACAAGGCAAAGAACUAGAAGUUAAACUGUUUCAGUUGAAAACAUGUAAGGAGUUGUAUGUGGAUUACCACUACCAUUCAGUAAUAGGUGAUGGAAAGGGAGAGGGGUGGGAACAUGUUUUAAAUAUUCCCUUUUAAAACAGAAUUGUAAAUAAGCAGUACUGUGUUAUUUUAGACCUGAGCUCUGCUAUCUGUAGUGGUUAGAACUAGGAAAACAUGCUGCUUUCUAGUUAUGCUGCUGUUUCAUUGUACCAGCACCAUGGGGGAAAAAAAAAUACAUCCGUAAAUUUUUCUAACAUUGCCCACUCCUGGGUAAGCAUGCUUGAUGUGUAGCAGUUCUCGUUUCUGUAUAUGUUAGUGUGUACAUGUGUGUUUUCUUUUUCCCUUCUGUUCAUUGCAACUUAUUCUUCAGUUAAGUCUUGCUGAGCCCCACUAGCUCUUCUGAGGAUGAUUACUGGAAUAUGCAUUUUUAGGUAGGGUUGCAAAUCCAUCUGUCUACAAAUAUAGUUUCAUAUGAACUGCAAACUGUACUGUUACGAACUCAACUAUGUUAGAUUGCAUAGAGUUAUUUUAUUUACAUGUAGUUGGACUGAAUUAUGUCAUCAUAAUGAAGUUAAAAAAUUAAGUAUGGAAUAUUUUUGUAAAUAAAAAUACCUGUGCAGCUGGUAUUUUAAAUUUAAAAUGUAUUAUACAUUAAUGUUUCAGAAAAAAAUGUUCAUAUAUGUGUAUAUGAAUGUGUCAUUAUGCUGAAGGGCUCUUGAUUGGGCAAAAUAAACUAUUCAAAUCUCUCCUGAAA